AUGCCUUCACGCAUCGGUUUCCGCAGAACCAAGAACCUAAAAGACAUUUUAGUACAUGCGGAUAUGACCAGUGAAAACCAACCUCAGCCAAGUCAGAUCAAAGGUCAUUUUAAAUGCGGUCGUUGUGCCAUAUGUAGCCUAACCAUCGAACAAAAAGAGAUCACCAUCCCUAACACCAAUAAAAUGUUACAGGAGCAGUGCGAGGCGGACCUUGCUGAGGCAAUGCCAGUCCUGGAAGAUGCCCUUUUGGCUCUUGAUAUGCUGAACCCGGCAAAUACCUCCUUUCUCAAGGUCCAAUCAGAACGCAAGAAGGGGAUUACCCAGAAGAAAGAACACGGGAAUAACCCUGAGGUUGCAGUGAUGCCAAUGGAGCUGACAGCUCUUCAUUCGGAACAGAUUCAGACCUCCGCAGAAAUGGAGAAAACGGUGACCCUCUUAGAAAAAGAAACCAUUGAGGUUUCUGAUGCCAAGGAGCAGCUUGUGGGUGCAGAUGAAAAGGAAGCCAAUGAAGUGGCAGCUCUUGCCAAGGUUAUUCAGGAGCAGUGCGAGGGGGACCUUGCCGAGGCAAUGCCAGCCUUGAAAACUGCCCUUUUGGCUCCCAAUAUGCUGAACCCGGCAAAUACCUCCUUUCUCAAGGUCCAAUCAGAACGCAAGAAGGGGAUUACCCAGAAGAAAGAACACUGGAAUAACCCUGAGGUAUGCUAUCUGAAGCCAGAGGGGGCUGAAAAGCUGCAGAGUGGCUUGGGAGGAGAGAAAGCUAGGGGGACGGAAGAGGAGGAGUUUGAGCAGGUCAGCAAGGAGCCCAUGUCUCUGGUUUUGUUUGCCCACUAA